CAUCUGACAUUAGGCUUACCAUUCCUGUUCAAAAUGAAUCCAGCAUAUAUUUCAGCAAAAAGUCAAGGAAAAACUAUUCUAAAAUGUUCUGUAAAAACAAGAAAGAUUGAAAACGCAUAGUCAAUGAUGCACGUGCAUGUUCACAAAUACACGAAUAUGCUAUUGAUUUUCCGCGGUACUUUUGGCAUAGUGCGCACGUACCUAACGCACAUACACACAUUCAACUGGCGGAGUAGGGUGAGUCCCGGUGCGGAGGGCGUGCGUUUCGUUUUCCUUUGAGAUCGUGAAAGUUUACAGCAGCGAGCAGCCGAAGAUAGAGUGCUACGAAUAUGCUUAUUCUGUGGCCAUUGAAAAUCGAACGUAAUAUUUGUCAAUCGAUUAUUUGGUAAUCAACAAUCGUGGUUAAAAUAUUGGAUAUUAGAUAGUAAUUAUCCGAACAUUGACACGAGACGAACAUUCUCAAGCCAAUUGUUAUUAUCCUGAUUUUUGAAAGGAUUCACGUUGCUUCUUCCUUUGGAGUGGAAGAAGAUUUUUUAUAUUUUAACAAGAAUCACAUUUGAACGCGGUUUUUAUCAUUAUUUUUUAAAUUAAAAAAGAAAAAUUGAGAAGUGCAUCAAGAAAAUUAACAUUUUUUCUAGGAAUAGUAUAGUUUACCAGAGAUCUAAGUGACUUGAAGAAAAAAAAGCGCACGACAGUGUCGUCUGCUAUACAAGAUAAAUUUAUACUGAAGAGACCCCGGUUAGCGGGGGUUAACAUCAUCGGGACGGCAGAUGUCAGAAUGCCAGAGCAGAGCAAUGAUUACCGCGUGGUGGUGUUUGGAGCGGGUGGUGUUGGCAAGAGUUCUCUCGUAUUGCGUUUCGUGAAAGGAACCUUUCGUGAAUCUUAUAUACCUACCAUCGAGGAUACAUAUAGACAGGUGAUAAGCUGCAAUAAAAAUAUAUGCACGCUUCAAAUUACCGACACAACGGGGUCUCAUCAGUUUCCCGCGAUGCAGCGGCUUUCUAUAAGUAAAGGUCAUGCCUUCAUCCUCGUAUAUUCGGUGUGCUCACGGCAAAGCCUCGAGGAAUUACGACCAAUCUGGGCCAUUAUUAGAGAACUUAAAGGGCAGGAUAUAUCACAGAUACCUAUAAUGUUGGUUGGAAACAAAUGUGAUGAGAGUCCAUCAGUGCGUGAAGUAUCGAUGAGCGAGGGUGCAGCAGAAGCCGCGAAUUGGGGUUGUGGUUUUUUGGAAACAUCUGCCAAGACGAAUCAUAACGUGAACGCCUUGUUCCGGGAUCUAUUGAUGCUCGAAAAAAAUAGAUCAGUAUCGUUACAGCCUGUACAAAGUAACAACGCGAUCAGUCUGAAGGAGAAAUGCUGCGUGAUGUAACGAGCCGAAAGUGGAACAAGAAGAAUAAGAAGUUGCAAUACAUCGCAUUUUCAGGCGACAAGAAGCUAAAAAAAAUGACAAAAGUAACAAGUCGUCGUUGUUGUCAUUCUUUUGACCCGGCAUAACAUCGGCCACGGUAGUCUCGACACGACCAGUAAUUAAUAUAGGUUAGAUUUGUGUUAAUAAAAGGAAUGAUAGAUAUCCUAGAAGGCUACGUGUCGUACAGGGUAUGUCUAAAAUACUCUUUGUUCAUUAAAAAAUUUAUUCUUGCGCUAAAAAAGUAAUUUUUUGAAACGUUUCGAAUUCUCUUCAAAUGAUUGUAUAUUGUAAUGUUAUGUUCGUAAGAGACAAAUCGAUUGUUCAUACGACAGUCGAUUCGAAAUAUUAUUUUUAGUCUCUUUCUAACGAAACGUUACUCCAUCGACAAUUUUUUUCAAUUUUGAUACAGAGUAAUGUACUUGGUCUCCUAGAUUUCACAAGACCAACGAUAAAUACGCGUUUUUUUACAUGGGAUUCGCGAUUCACAUAUAUACAAUAUGCAUCUCAUCAUUCUUUCAUGCAGUGAUUUGUGAAUCGCGAUUCAUGUAUAAUACGCAUUCAAACGUAUGGAGACUCAUCCGAUGCAAUAUUUAAUUUCGCAGCAUUAUCCUUAUUCAAUUUACUACGUAAUAAGCGAUUUUUUAAUUAUUUUAACUACACUUCGAAAAAAAAUCAGCGGCGGCAAAUCAAUCGAGGAUACGCGAAAUCUGAAUCUGAAUUUUACGAGAAUCAUCGUUUGAAUAUUUUCAUAAGUGUAUGAUGAAUAUCCGUCAUAUAUGAAUCAUGAUUCACAAAUCGUCAUAUAAAAAAAGGCGAUUAUUUUAUACUAGUAAGCUCGUUACAUUUUGGCUUUCACCCGUUUGGCUAUGUCGAGUUUACUAUGCAAGAGGCGUGAUUGUUUGAACCGGCAAUAACCGAUCUUUAUAUUAAGAACCAACAACAAAAAACGAUUUUACAUGCCCAAUGAAACAAAAUGGAUUUUUCCUGAAAGAGUAACCGAUACAAAAUUGUAAUAAUGAAUAUAUAAGAGAUAUACUGAAUAUGAUUCAAAAAAUAAUAUGCUCUUUCACGAAAAUCUUUCAAAAUCGCUGUCUGAGACUACUGCGAUCAUUAAUUUUGGGACCGGUGUCGCACAAGUUUCUUCAGCUAGGAAUAUAGCAUAAGGGGGAACAUGCGAACAAGAAACAACAAAAUUAGAUAAAAGUUGUUACAAGAUUGGUUUUUGUUGAAUAGUUGUAAGGUUUUUGUAACGAUGCUAAUUAGGAUUUAUUACGUCACGUUGAUAUAAACAUAUACACAAAUACACACACACACGCACACGCACACACAAAUACACAGAGAUGAACAGAGAAGUUUAUGUAUUUACAUGUACACGUACAAGGUUCAUUAGGCAUCACGCGUUUUCCGUGUUGACUCAUAUUUUAGUGUUUUCCUCCUGUAUGUUAUAUACAGACGUAGGUUUGUUAGUGUUUGCGAGGAAACGUUAAUUAAAGGGACUCGCCGCGAAGAGCUCGUUUGUUCCUCGACUCGAGUUUUGUUCAUCUUGCUACUCGCGUUUAUUGUUAUAAAAGAGGUACCUAGAUUAGGUUUGGGCAAAAUUUUCAAUAUCAGACUUUCAGAAUUAUUAUACGUAUCAUUAAUAUAAAACACGAAGGCACAAUGAUUUUUAAAUUCAAUUUCUAUUGAUAAUAUUUGAUGAAUAAAAAAAAAUAGAAAGUUUGAAAAAAAUCUUCGGUUUAGAAUAUAUAG